GACGACGGGGGUCCGAAACCGCCGGGACGGGAAGUGAGCCGCCAGGCCGCAGUGAGAGCGGGUCCCGCAGCCGCCUGCACCGGGGUGAAGCAUGGCGGCCGCCAAGGUGGCUUUAACCAAGAGAGCAGAUCCAGCUGAGCUUAGAACAAUAUUUUUGAAGUAUGCAAGCAUUGAAAAAAAUGGUGAAUUUUUCAUGUCUCCCAGUGACUUCGUCACUCGAUAUUUGAACAUUUUUGGAGAAAGCCAGCCGAAUCCAAAGACUGUGGAGCUUUUAAGUGGUGUAGUGGACCAGACCAAAGAUGGAUUAAUAUCCUUUCAAGAAUUUGUAGCAUUUGAAUCUGUCCUGUGUGCCCCAGAUGCUUUGUUCAUGGUGGCCUUUCAGCUGUUUGACAAAACUGGCAAAGGAGAAGUCACUUUUGAGGAUGUUAAGCAAGUUUUUGAACAGACCACAAUUCAUCAGCAUAUUCCAUUUAAUUGGGAUUCAGAAUUUGUGCAACUACAUUUUGGAAAAGAAAGAAAGAGACACCUGACAUAUGCAGAAUUCACUCAGUUUUUGCUGGAAAUACAAUUGGAGCAUGCAAAGCAAGCCUUUGUGCAAAGGGACAAUGCCAGGACUGGAAAAGUCACAGCCAUUGAUUUCCGAGACAUCAUGGUCACCAUCCGCCCCCAUGUCUUGACACCUUUUGUAGAAGAAUGUCUAGUAGCUGCUGCUGGAGGUGCCACAUCCCAUCAAGUUAGUUUCUCCUAUUUUAAUGGAUUUAAUUCACUCCUUAACAACAUGGAACUCAUUAGAAAGAUCUACAGCACUCUGGCUGGCAACAGGAAAGAUGUAGAGGUGACUAAAGAGGAGUUUGUUCUGGCAGCUCAGAAAUUUGGUCAGGUUACACCCAUGGAAGUUGACAUCUUGUUUCAGUUAGCAGAUUUAUAUGAGCCACGGGGACGUAUGACCUUAGCAGACAUUGAACGAAUUGCUCCUCUGGAAGAGGAAACUCUGCCCUUCAACUUGGCUGAGGCCCAGAGGCAGAAGAAGGCCUCAGUCGAUUCAUCUCGACCAGUUCUCCUACAGGUUGCAGAGUCAGCCUACAGAUUUGGUCUGGGUUCCAUUGCUGGAGCUGUGGGAGCCACUGCUGUGUAUCCUAUUGAUCUUGUAAAAACUCGAAUGCAGAACCAACGAUCAACUGGCUCUUUUGUGGGAGAACUUAUGUAUAAAAACAGCUUUGACUGUUUUAAGAAAGUGCUACGCUAUGAAGGCUUCUUUGGACUGUACAGAGGUCUGUUGCCGCAGUUAUUGGGAGUUGCCCCAGAGAAGGCCAUAAAACUUACAGUGAAUGAUUUUGUGAGGGAUAAAUUUAUGCACAAAGAUGGUUCGGUUCCACUUGCAGCAGAAAUUCUUGCUGGAGGCUGUGCAGGAGGCUCCCAGGUGAUUUUCACAAAUCCUUUGGAAAUUGUCAAGAUCCGUCUGCAGGUAGCUGGGGAAAUCACCACCGGUCCCCGAGUCAGUGCUCUGUCUGUCCUGAGGGACCUGGGGUUCUUCGGAAUCUACAAGGGUGCCAAAGCAUGCUUUCUGCGGGACAUUCCUUUCUCGGCCAUCUACUUCCCGUGCUAUGCUCAUGUGAAGGCUUCCUUUGCAAAUGAAGAUGGGCAGGUUAGCCCCGGAAGCCUGCUCUUAGCUGGCGCCAUAGCUGGUAUGCCCGCGGCCUCUUUAGUGACUCCUGCUGAUGUUAUCAAGACUCGAUUACAGGUGGCUGCCAGGGCUGGCCAGACCACUUACAGCGGCGUGAUAGACUGCUUUAGGAAGAUACUGCGGGAAGAAGGCCCCAAAGCCUUGUGGAAAGGAGCUGGGGCUCGUGUGUUUCGAUCCUCACCCCAGUUUGGUGUCACAUUGCUGACAUAUGAAUUGCUGCAGCGAUGGUUCUACAUCGAUUUUGGAGGAGUGAAACCCAUGGGGUCAGAACCAGUUCCUAAAUCCCGGAUCACACUGCCUGCUCCCAAUCCUGAUCACGUUGGGGGCUACAAAGUGGCAGUUGCAACAUUUGCAGGGAUUGAAAACAAAUUUGGACUUUACUUACCUCUCUUCAAGACAUCAGCAUCUACCUCAAAAGUUAUCAGCGGAGGGCCCUAGGAGACUGACCCUGGGGUGUUGCUAUAGCUUUGUUACAUGGGGAAAGAGCGCCCAUCUUGGGUUGAAGCAAUAUUUCAUUCCUUUCACAUCCAUCUCUUGUUUAAAUUCAAGUCCAGGCUUUUUAUAAGGUGAAAUCAUUCAUUUUCCUUGUGUUUUUUUUUUUAACCAGGUCAUUAUAAAAUUAUUCAUAAUUACUCUUUGGGCCUCUGCUCACAAACUUGUUUGCAUCUGACGUUGGCUGGGAUUUGAUCAACACUCACAUGAUUUGGGAGAAAGAGCAGGUCUGAAUAGAAAUUAGAGGUCUUCUCCUUAGAUAAGGAUUAUAAUCCCAAAGAGGCUACAGAAAGUCAAUCAUGGUGCUCAAAGUGUUCUGUGCAUGUUUAACUGGUAGGAACAUGGGUGCUAAUUAGUAAAAGUGAAAAGCACUGGAAGCAAUGAAAACAUGAUCAGAAAUAGCCAGCCUGGCUUCAGGUUUUAACCAUGCACUAAUUCUGCCUCUGGAUUAUAUUACGAAGCUUUUAUGUGAAACAUGUUUUUUUGUAAUGAAAACCACAUUGAAGAUGUUUAAUAAUAAUCAUGUUCUAUUACUGGUACCGAGACUACUAGUGAGAAGUCUGUGCUUUAGAGGAGUACUCUUGGCAUUUUAUUAUAUGGACAGAGAAACCAUGAGAUGCAGCACCUCUUCUAGAUGUGCUAACUUUGGAUAACUGCUCAUAUGAUACACCUGUGCUGAUUACUGCCCAUUUCAAUAAACUCUGUAGGAAAAUGCAUGCCCCCUGUUCCUGGCACCUGCCCUAAUUCCCUCUUGAUCCCCCUGCAGUCGGCACCCAUUUGCCCUCAAAAUCCACUUUAUCUUGAAUCAUGUAAGACAAAUAUAUUCUAAUGUAAGUUUUUAUUUAAUUUGUGGUGCCUUGCAUAAUGGUCAGAGGGCUUGCGUGUUCAUAAAGGAGGAAAUAAACUAUUUUUAAAGCUA